ACGGGGUCCCCGAAAGGCUCUGAGGUGGUUUGUGUCAGCGGAGCAGCGCCGUGAGUUUUUCCAGCCCUAACGAUUCUAUGAUCUGCUCCUGUUUCAGCCCUCGGCUGCCCUCAGGAGGAGGAGGAGGAGGAGGAGGAGGAGGAGGAGGAACGGGAAGAAGGGUAGAGCAGCCCUAGCAGAUGCAAGGCGAAAGAAUGCUGUACAACUGCCUUGAAGAGGAGAAUCGUACCAGUUCCAGGAAAGAGACAAAUGAAGGUGAUUUGAAGGCAUUUUGGACCCAAAUGGGAAAUAGAAGAGUAGACAUCAUAUUUGAGCAGGUGCAAGAAGUUCUGCUGUUGCUAAAGGAAAAGAUCAAGAAUGGAACUGCCACAAACCAAGAAUGCUGGCAGGCUUGGGCACUGGUGAACGAAGCUAAUCUAGGGGAUCUUUUGACUUUGACAAACGCAAGCGAAGUGGUUGAUGGGGAUGGUGCACAGGAAAUCAAACCUAAAUUGCAUCAGCUUCUUACAGAUGCCAGCACUGCAAACUCGGCAGAAGGUUCUCAAAGCAAAAAGGAGAAGAUGGAAAAAUUGGAUUCAGGGAGCAAGGAAGCAUCUAGUGAAAUUCAAUGUGUACCUUUAAGCCCCCAGUAUCAGAACCACAAGUGCUCUAGUGCGUGUCUCACCAACAGAGCAGUAAGCUCCUACAAAGGUGAAAAUCCUCUGAAGAUCCCAAUCCUGCUUCACUUUGAAAGACGCCACGCAAAAGCAGACUGCCUUUCGAAAACACUGGAUGUGAAUUACAAAGCUCCUUGUGGCAGGAGUCUGAGAAGCUUUCAAGACGUGCAAAAUUACCUCUUUGAAACAGAAUGCAAUUUCUUAUUUAUUGAUCACUUCUCUUUCAACACGUACGUACUGCUGGGCAGGAACACUGUAAACCCCAAACCCCUUGUGUAUGACUUUGAUAUCAGCAAUGGAGCUGAGUCUGUGCCCGUCUCCUUCUGUAAUGAUAUUGACCGCGCGCGAUUACCUUAUUUUAAAUAUCGGAGGGCAUCGUGGCCCCGUGGGUAUUAUCUCAACAAUUUAUCCACCAUGUUUCUUGACUCGUGUGACUGCACAGAUGGCUGCAUCGAUAGGUCAAAAUGUGCAUGCCUACAGCUAACUGCAAGAGGCUGUCAUAAAGUUUCUCUGUCUCCAAGUACUAAAACUUCUCAUGGAUACAGCUAUAAAAGACUGGAAGGGCCUGUUCCUAGUGGAAUCUAUGAGUGUAGCGUGUCAUGCAGGUGUGACAAGAUGAUGUGUCAGAACAGAGUUGUACAGCAUGGCAUUCAAGUUCGCCUGCAGGUGUUCAACACAGAGAAGAAGGGUUGGGGCGUCCGCUGCCUAGAUGAUAUCGACAAGGGGACGUUUGUUUGUACUUACUCAGGCAGAUUAAUGAGCAGAACUGAAGCUCAAGUAUUGGGAGGUGCCAGUCAAGACAAGAAAGAGGAGAGUGCUGUGAAUGACAGCAGGCACGGCUUUUUUUCCAAAAAAAGGAAACUUGACUCUAGUUGCUCAGAUUCUGAGAUUGAACUAGUGCAGACUGUCAAAGAUCAUGUUCUUGAGAAGCAGGAAUCUUUGUCUCAGACGGUGGAUAAUGAAGAUGAAUCAUCUGAAGGUCACCCAAGGAAUUCGAGUGUUGCAGCGGUGAGAAGGCCUGGAACUAGAAUAGCUGUUGUUCGUAAUCGCCAGCUACAAAUGGAAGUUGAUACACUGGUGCACAGUGCCAGCUCAGAUGAAGAUAAUAGUUCUCAGCCUCAUCAGUCAAGCAAAACAAAACUAACCAGUGGAACAAAGAAAGGAAAAAGAUCCAUUCAGCAGCAGAAGGAAGACCAUACCACGAAAACUGGACAGACUGAGCCUGCUGACACGGACAGUGCAGAAUGCAAAAGAAAGAAUGUGUCUCUGCAGGGUGUUGCUUGUGGCAAGUCGGAUGUGCUGAAUGACACGCGUGUUAUGAGGCCAUCCAAAAAUGUUCCCCAACAAGCUAACCACAAAGAGGAGAAUUGCAGGCAGUCAAAACAAGGCACGUUUUGCAAGGAGGUUGACAGUGAUGGGUCGCUUCUGAAGAAUGCUAACGAAGAAAAUAUUUAUAUACUGGAUGCCACGAAAGAAGGGAAUGUGGGUCGUUUUCUUAACCACAGCUGCUGCCCAAAUCUGUUUGCACAGAGCGUGUUUGUAGAGACUCACAACAGAAGUUUCCCAUGGGUGGCUUUCUUCACAAACAGGCAUGUGAAAGCUGGAACCGAACUCACGUGGGAUUAUGGUUAUGAAGCUGGAAGCAUGCCAGAGAUGGAGAUUUCCUGCCAGUGUGGAGUUCAGAUGUGCAGGAAAAAAACCUUAUAGGCUCGAAGAACUCAUGCUUCUCUCUAGGCUGCAACAGAAACCUGAUGGGUGCAGAGCAAUGGUUAGUUGAUGUUUUCCUGUGCCCUCCUGCAAUGAUGAGUUAGCAAAACACAGUUUUCUGAGACUCAUAUGAAUGCAAGCCUGUCUGUUUUGGGGGUUAAGAAUGUUUUAAAUAUACCUAAGCCUGCUGAAUCCAGUGGUAAGAUGGAUCAGAACAGUCUUGUAGAGAGCUGUGGUCACGCUACAGAGUGAGCUGGGCAAGUCCUGCUGGUGCCGCAGAGAAAUGGUUACAUCCCUGUCCAUGUUUAUCACACAGUGAAAUCCUUGGAAAUCCAGUGGGCCUCAUUUCAGUGCCCUGUUGUGUACUGGGUGAUAGGUGAGCCAGAGCUGUCCUUGCUCUGUGCUCAGGAUCACCUUGAACUCCAGAGCCUCUUCCUGAAACCGUGUCCCUUAGGGCCACGUCCACACAUCUCCUUAGCUCCAGCAAUGGGAACUCCACCACUUCCCAGGGCAGUCCAUUCCACUGCUUGACCACUGACCUCUCCAUGAAGAAAUUAUUCCCAACGUCCAAUCUAAACCUCAGCUGGUGCAACUGGAGGCUGUUUCCUGUUUGUCACCGGACAAAAGAGACACCCACCCCCUUCACUGCAGCCUCCUUCCAGGUAGCUGUAGAGAUCGAUGGGGUCUCCCCUCAGCCUCCUUUCCUCCAGACUAAACAGCCCCAGUUCCCUCAGCUGUUCCUCUCGUGUCUUUUUCUAGUCCCUUCACCUGCUUUGUUGCUCUUCUCUGUGCACGCUUGAGCAGCUCAACAUCAUUCUAAUGCUGAGGGGCCCAAAACUGAACGCAACAUUCGAGGUGCUGUCUCAACAGUGCUGUAUACAAGGGGACAGUCACACUCCUGGUCCUGCUGGCCACGUGAGCUCUUGAUGCAGGCCAGGAUGCCAUUGGCCUUCUUGGCCACCUGGGCACGCUGCUGGCUCACAUUCAGCGGGCUGUUUACUAGUACCUGUGUGUGCUUUUCUGCUGGGCAGCUUUCCAGUCACCCUUCCCCAAGCCUAUAUCGCUGCGUGGGGUUGUUACGACCCAAGUGUGGGACCAGGCCCUUAACCUUCUUGAAUGCCAUGUGUGUAAUGCUGUUCCUGGAAAAGAGCAAGGUGUGGGUAUGCAGGCUUCUGAAUAUUUUUGGAGCCUUGUGCAAAGAAGGGGGAGUUUAAGCUGGGCCUGGAAUUCAUCUUAACUUCACGAAUUUCAGAAGCUUGAAUUUUCUCGUUGUUAGAAUACUCUGGAGGCCGUGCAUGGCUGAUCACAUGUAAUUUCUGUUGGUAUUUGCUCAGCCAUUAGCAGAUUUUUUUUUUGUCACUGGUUUUCCUGUUUUACUGGCUCCAGAGCAGGGCUGAAACUGG